AUGCCCUCUUACCGAGUAAUAAAUAAUGGUUGUGGUAAUAUUAGAGAUAAUGUUAGCUUUGUUGGCAAUGGUGUACCUACUGCUAGUUAUGGCCAUAAUGUUGCUAAAAAUAUAACUAUACUCGAUUGUUACGUAGAUGAUGAUUUUGAUGGAUUUGAGGUUGAAGGACCUUUAAUGAAUGAAGAUGCUGAUGUAGAGGAUAAUGAUUGUAAUGAAGAAAAUGAUGUUGUUGAUAAAAAGGAGAUUAAGGUUGAAAGAUCUGCUGAUGAGUCCGAUGAGGAGGAUUUGUUUGAUAUUUAA